UCACUCUCAUUCUCAACCUUCUUACAGACAACGGUACGAUGACGGGGGUAAUGUAUCUGCGAAGGUGUGAAAGUGAGCACCACGCUCAUGCACGCAUAGUGGAUCGCAUGCACGAUAAGGGAGUGCUGCAGGGGCCAUCCUCGGUCCUCAGCUGUGACCCUGACGGCUCAUACAGUGCCUACCAGUACGACCUUGACGGACUGUAUCGGUGCUAUGACAAAUACAACAACGUGAUCGAGCAACCAGCAGGAGGCGGGUGUACAGACUGCGCUAGAGACCAGAAGCUGUACCAGGAGAGCCAUGUUAUAACUACCCUCACCUGCGAGACCCUUGAUGAAGCACUCGCUGGUGUUUACCUGCCCAUCCAGAGUAGAGGAGACACUGUGUUUUGUGUGGACCAGGACGGUGUCAGAGCUGGACCAAUAGUCUAUGCCCCAUACAGAGGCUACCUUCACUGCGAUAAAGGGACCGAUUGCCAGAACGGCAAUUACACAGCCUGUGAACAAGUUUGUGAUCCAUGUCCCACCUCCGCGUACCCAGCCUACACAGUGAACCAGUAGUCUACC